GCUGAGUCCUUGCAGGAACAGCCGAUCCGGGGCUUGACACGCAUCACAGGACAACUCAGCACAACAUCCAAACACACAUCUCCCCAUAACUGGACAGACCGGUCUGGACUAUCAUGGGCAACAUUCAGCCCACCAUAGUCCCAUAUGAGGACUUUGAUGUUACAGCUGAUAUCAAGGCCAUACGAAAAGCAUGUAAAGGUUUAGGAACAGAUGAAGAGGCUAUCAUUCAGAUCCUGGCCAAUCGUUCUUCAGCUCAACGUGUGGAGAUCAAACAGGCUUAUUUUGAAAAGUAUGAUGAUGAGUUGGAGGAGGUCCUGAAGAAGGAGUUGUCAGGCAGUUUUGAGAAAGCCAUCAUAGCCAUGUUGGACCCUCCUCGUGUUUACUUUGCCAAGGAGCUGAGGAAGGCCAUGAAGGGGGCAGGCACAGAUGAAGCCGUGCUGGUCGAGAUCCUGUGCACAGCUACCAAUGAGGACAUCUUGAGCUACAAGGAGGCCUAUGUCCAGGUGCAUGAGCGUGACCUGGAGGCAGACAUUGAGGGUGACACCAGCGGAGACGUGAGGAACCUGCUGAUCUCACUGCUGCAGGCGAGCAGAGAUGAGGGCUUUGAGGUGGACGAAGCUUUAGCUGAACAGGAUGCUUCAUCUUUGUUUGAGGCAGGAGAAGGCAGGUUUGGCACAGAUGAGUCGACCUUCACCUUCAUUCUCACACACAGGAACUACAUGCAGCUUCAGGCCACCUUUAAGUUCUACGAAUCGCUUUCAGGAACAGACAUUUUGGACGCCAUUGACUCUGAGGCCACGGGAACUCUCAAGGACUGCUACAUCACUCUGGUAAGGUGUGCUAAGAACCCACAGCUGUAUUUUGCCCGACGCAUUAAUGCUGCUAUGAAGGGAGCGGGCACUGAUGAGGAAACACUCAUUCGCAUCAUCGUUGGUCGCUCUGAGAUCGACCUGGACACAGUGAAGGACAUGUACCUGGAGAAGUACGAUGUUCCCCUGAAAGAAGCCUUGGAUUCUGACUGUGGUGGAGACUUCAAACGCCUCCUCAUUGAGAUCCUGCACUAAAACUUCUCACUGUCUUCCUACUGGCCUUAUUAAACUGUUUCAUCCUGUCUCUCUUCUUUACAUCCUUCCUUCUCUCUCCUUGUCUGUUAACUUCGUCCGUCUGUUUCACUCAUUCACUGUGUGGACUUCCUAUCUUAUUCUUAAUCACCUCUCUCUCUCACUUUAACAGAUACCUCCUUGCAGCAUUGACCAAAAACCAACUCAUUGUUAUAUAGUGUUUGACACAUGGUAAACUUACAUUUAUAGCCCUCACAUACACAGUUUUGCCAGAAUAUUAUAUUCAGCGGACAUUUCCUUACUAUCACAGUCCAAAUAUACAUUGAGGGUGCAUUGAGUAUUUAUCUGUUUGAAAAUAUGGCAGCAUUGUGGAUAUAGAACUUGUGCAGCUGAGCAUCAUGCUAACGUAUUUAUCCAAACAAAUAGUAUCAGUCCAGUUCUUUAUUUACAAUCAGCAGCUGUACUCUGUGUUUUUAUUUCAAACAUAAACAUAACUUAAAAUAUAUGCAUCCUCUUAUAUGGUAUUUGCCACUUUUAGCAUCUUUUUCAUCCAUCAUCCAUGUCAAUGUCACUUGUUUUUGCCUCAAAGAUGCCUUUCAUAAUAUAAUAGCAAUGCAACUUCCUUUCUGCUGCAACACUCAACACUUAAGUGCCGAAUUAUCACGUUUGAUCUCUAAUAUCUGAAUACACUAGAGGAUUAAUUACACAUGGUGAUAUUUUUACCCUGAUAUCAAAAGCCUAACAUGGUGUUUUUUGUAAUCACAUCCCAAAAUGCUACAUGGGAUUUUUAACUGUUUGUAGUUUUAUUUUUCAUCACAACUAACAAGCUCCCUUGUUCUCACAUUUACACAACAAAAUUGACUUUUUCCUGUUGUCACGCAUUUACUAUAUUUACUACAGUUACAGUCAGUGUAAAACUUCAGUCAUUGUGCAUUUAAGAUCAUUAGAUGUUGAUAAUGAUAUUGAACAACAUGUUUUUUGCUCUCUAACACCUGAAGUUCAAAUACUGAUUAUGGCCACACUGUCUAUGUUUGUAUCGUAACUAAUUUAUUGAAGUCCAAGAUUACAGUAACAUAAACUGCUAUGAUAUACUGUUGUGUUGUCAUAUUGUAAAUUAUACACUAAACUAUAUUAAAAAAAAGUAAUUGUUAAAAUGUAAUAUAGAAAAUGUGGUAUGAGAUAAUAAAUUUUAACU